UUGUUUUAAUUUUUCUUUUCUGUCUUUCUCUCUUCCUUUUCCUUGCCCUCCUUUUGUGCUUUUGUUAUAUUCUUCCUCUUUUCUUCUUUUGCUUGUGGCUCUCUACUUUGAUGGGCUAACAUAGGGAAUUGGAGGCUGCACGAGUGCCUUCAGUCUCUUCGCUGUUUGUCACCCAAGCGGACAAACAUAAAUACAUAGUCUUACCACUGACCAUUUUGGGGAGCAUAGAACAGAAAAGGAUGGAGGGGAGAGGGAGUAGUUUUGUGAAGAAUGGGGAGCUGAGAUUGCCUCCAGGAUUCCGGUUUCACCCGACGGAUGAAGAGCUGGUGGCUCAAUACUUAAAGCGCAAGGUCUUCUCCUGCCCGUUGCCGGCCUCUUUCAUUCCUGAGGUUGAUAUUUGCAAGUCCGAUCCAUGGGAUUUACCAGGUGAUUUGGAGCAAGAGAGGUACUUCUUCAGCACGAGGGAGGCCAAAUACCCCAACGGGAACCGAUCCAACAGAGCCACUAACUCGGGCUACUGGAAGGCCACGGGCUUGGACAAACACAUCGCAACUUCAAAAGGCCACCAACUUAUUGGCAUGAAGAAGACUCUCGUCUUUUACAGAGGCAAGCCUCCUUAUGGAUCAAGAACAGAUUGGAUCAUGCACGAGUAUCGCCUUGUCUCCCACUCCCACCUGCUUCCCAUGCAAAAUUGGGUUCUCUGUCGCAUAUUCUUCAAGAGGAGAGCACCGGCUAAUGCUAAGAAUGUUCUACUGGAUCACAAUUCCCAUUCGGCAUCAGCAUCAGAGGCCUUCACCAUCAGCCAUGAGGGCAGCAACUCUAAGGUGGUUUUCUACGAUUUCUUGGCACAGAACAGGGCUGAUUUGAACCGCGUGCCCCCUCCUGCUUCUUCGACCUCUGGCACCAGUGGAAUCACCACCGAAUCCGAUGAGCAUGAAGACAGCAGUAGCUGCAACAGCUUUCCUUUUUUCAGCAAGCAUCAAUCCCGCAGGAAACCGACCGGCAUUAAAGGUAUUUCGUGUGUGCAUGUGUGUGCUGCCUUUUCUCAUGUUAACAAGCAACCAGACAAUUUCUGUCACAUAUGGAUAACGAUGAAAUCAUACAGGAAAACAUAUAAUCAUCACAUUCAUCCAAUUCAUGGUCAACCAUUAUGGGAGCAAGCAGAGGAAUGCAACAGGCCACAUGCACCUAAAAUCAAGAAGAAACCUGAAAAACUCAAGAUGAAGAGAAGGAUGGAUGCAGAUGAGAAGAGUGGAGUAGGAACUAAAGAGCCUAAAGUUGAUACAAAACUAUUGAGUAACAGUGGAGAUAAUAUACAUCUAAAAGGGCAGUUUGAGACCUUUACCUGCAGCUUCUGUGGUGAAAAAUGACAUACAAAGAGAGGUUACAAAAAGAAGAGGGUGGCUGAUGUUAUCGCUACUACCGAACCGGCUGAGAAGAAGAAAAAAGAUGGAGAAGAUCCUACAUCUGAGCGGCAAGUUGAGCAGUCUCAAGAUGAUGGUGACCAAGGUGAUGGGAAAAGCAAUCAUGUUGUACAACCAGUGGAGAUAGAGAUAUCUUAGCCAAUAGCUUCUAAGGCAGAAGAUUCUCAAUAGGAUCCUGGUAUGAAAAGGCAUUCAAAGUUGUCACCAAGAAGAAGAUCUUCUCUACUGGCAACCUCUCCAACAGUGAAUCCCUUGCAGGGUGCAUCUUCAGGAACAUCAACAAAACUUGUCAAUUUGAUGAAGUUCGUCUCAACUCCAGG